AUGAAAGAAUUCGCAGCCCCUGGGUAUUCUCGCCGGUUUUCGACGGCGGUAGGACUGCCGGACUGCCGCUUGAGCGUGACGCUCAAGUGCCCCCCGCCCGGCCAUCGUAGUCGCCAUGAGAUGACCGACGAGAUGGCCCGCGAGUGCACGGCACUGGCCAGCCCAAGCGAUGCUGCCGCCGCGGUAGCCGGCGCGGCACUCAACCUGUUCGGGAUCUGCGCUCUUCCCUGCUGUCACGGCGCCGGGCGCGCGUGGGGGGAGUGCGAGAAGCACGCGCCGUGCAACCGCAGCGGCGUCAUUGGAGAGCAUCUGCGCACGCACGUGGGGUGCGUGCACCAAGGUGACGUUGCGGAGCGACUGCCUCCGGAGCUGCAGCUUCGCAUCCUCGAGGGCGUCGACGACUUCUCCGACUGCGCUGUCUUCAGCCUCGCGUCGCCGCGCCUCGGCCUCCUCGCCCUGCGCAGCGGCCUGGCGCGCUUCAAGUACCCGCUCUUCGCCGUGGCGAUGCGGCGGCUGCUUCCCCAGCGGGCCAGCGCCGACCACUUCCCGUGGAUUGCGAGGGUGAGCCCGGCGCUCUGCCUCUCAUCGGAAGUGGAGGGUGCUGGUGACAGCCGCAGCGAGUUCUGGCAUUUGCGGCGCGGCGAAGAGAGUGGCGCAAAGCUGCGGUUUAGGGGGAAGACGGGGGAUAUGUUGCACUUCGAGGGCGCGCGGGGUGCGGAGAGGAGGGUGCGCGCGGUGCGUGCCGCUGAUGGCGAGGUGGAGCACUACGAGGGCGAGCAAGGUGCGGAGCGGUGUGUGCGCGCCGAGUUUGCCAACGGCAUGGUGCAGCACUACGAGGGCGAGGGAGAUGCGGAGCGGAUGGUGCGCGCUGAGUUUGCCGACGGUAUGGUGCUGUACUACGAGGGCGAGCGAGGAGCGGAGCGGAGGGUGCGCGCGGAGUAUCCCGACGGCGAAGAGUGGUACUACGAGGGCGAGCGAGAUGCGGAGCGGCUGGUGCGCAAAGAGCUGGGCGGGAAGGGCUCGUCACGGGGGACGCCAUUCACGUAG